AAGCUUUUAUUCUGAAGAAGUUAGAUAGGAAGUGGUGCCAACAAAACACUGACGACAAGCUGUUACUGAGGUUGAGGAAUGUCAGAGAUGUCAGAUUUGUCGUUGUAUUUAACUAAUGCCAACGUUUCACUGGGACAAACUAUGGAAACCAAUAAGAGUCUAGGAGGGGCGACCGACUUUGAGACGGUGGAGAUGGGAGAGUCAGCUGGGAGACAUUCGAGGGUGAAGGUUCCCCGCAGGAUCAUCCACUUCGCCAGUGGAGAGACCAUGGAGGAGUACAGCACCGAUGAAGAGGAGGAAGAGGAGCAGCCUGUGAAGAGAGACAUCAUCACAGUGGAUUCGUCCAAACUGACCUGGGGUCCAUAUUUGUGGUUCCACAUGUGGAGAAUGGCGACCUCCACUAUCUCAGUGUGUGACUACAUGGGAGAGAGACUGGCCUCUUUGUUCGGCAUCACUACUCCCAAAUACCAGUAUGCUAUUGAUGAGUACUACCGUAUGAAGAAAGAGGAGGAGGAGGAAGAGGAGGAGAACCGUCUGGCUGAGACUGCGGAGCGUCGUUUUGCGGAGCAGCAGAGAAGUGAGCAGGAUGAUCCCCAUCCUGCUGCUACGGAGCAGCCAGAAACAUCUGGAGCUUCCUUUGUAAACAUCAGCUUCGAUCUGGAGCCUGAGCCUCCCCUCAGCACUCCAGACACCAACAGAGUCCCUUCUCCCCUCCCCUCCUGAAACUCGCAAACAAAAUCCUUAUGUUCACACAUUUCUAUCAGUUUGCAAAACCUUAAUUUACUAAUCUGUGUAGAUUAAUAAUAUUAUUAUAUUAUUUUUGUAUGUUUUUAUUUAAUCAAAAGAGAUCUCGGUACACAGUGCAGGGAACAAUUUAAAGGGCUGUGUAAGUGUCUGCACCUGGCCUUACCUGUGAAUGUAAAUGCAUUUAGUACAAAAUUGUAUCGUAUGCAAGACUGAGAUCUGUCACCAAACUAUUUCUUGACCGUACUGGGUUCAGCUCACUUUAAAUUGAGUUGACAAAGGGAAAUAAAUGCUGGAUUUGAAUUUUGUUGAGUUAUAGACAUCAAUCUCAGUUAUUUUUCAUUAUAAAUGGACGGACAUCAACUGACUGCAGCCUCUGACUGUGAUUAUCACUGCUAGGUUCUUAAUUCUGUAGCGUCUUGCAGGUUAUUCUGUGAAGAGUGAAUAAGCUUAAAGCUGUUGGCUAUCAUUUAUCAGUCUCAGUCCUACAGGUCUGGCUGCCUAUUGAUAGACUUGAAAAACCAGUCUAAAGCAUUUGUUACAAUUAAGUUUGUGGCCUUGUUUUCACCACUCAGGUUUCAUUGUGCAGGUUGAUUGAUGUAACUGAGAUUUUGAGGAGGGCAAGAAGCUGCAGUUGGAUGACCUCAGUACUAACCUCAAAGAAAUGAUCUGCUGUCUUAUUUCUAUGUCACAAUGUAAAAAAUGUGUUGCUGUGAUGAUACUUGAGUUCAUUGACAAACUGAACCACAUUUCAUGAAGCAAUUCUAAUUGUUUUCGCUUGGAAAUGCCAAAAGUUUUAAACCAAUGUACAUUAAAGAAUAAUAUUAUUAUAGUUCAAA